UGGGCGGCGGAAGUGGGGCGGCGGAAGCGGCCGUUGCCAUGGAGUCCGCGGAGGACUGGCUGGUGGAGUCCUUGCGUUUGUACCAGGAUUUCCAUGCAUUCGACCUCUCGGGAGCCACUCGAGUCCUGGAAUGGAUUGGGAACGAAGGAGUCUUUGUUGCUGGCUAUGAAAGCCUGAAAAAAAACGAGAUUCUUCAUCUCGUGUUGCCUCACCGACUUUCUGUAAAGGAAAACCAGGGCUUAUUCCCGGAAAGAGACUUUAAAGUGUGUCAUGGAGGGUUUUCAGACAGGUGUAUUUUUGAUCUAAAGCACGUGCCAGAUACCAGGUUGCUGGUGACCAGUGGCCUUCCGGGCUGUUACCUGGAGGUGUGGCAAGUCUCAGAGGACAGUGAUGUCAUCCAGGUUGUCAGCACCGUCGCUGUGCAGGAGGCAGAGGGGAGCCUCUGGCCUCGGGUGGCCAUCUUCGCCGCCACGGCUCCCGGGAUCCUCCACGGCAGGAGGCUCAGUGACCUGCAGAUCGUGGAUCUGGAGUCCCAGAGGACCACGUACGCCUCAGGUGUCAGUGACCGCGAGGAGCUGAGUAACCUGCAGGUCCUGGAUGGAGACACCUUUGCUUUCUGCUGCACCUCGGGCCGCCUGGGGCUCGUUGACGCCCGCCAGAAGUGGGCGCCGUCAGAGAGUCUCCGUCCUGGCCCCAGCUUCGGUGGGCAGAGCUGGUGUGCAGACGUCGGGGGCAGAGGCCAGGCACCUGGGCCCAGCAUUGCCAGUCUUGGCUCUGGUGGGCAGCUGCGCCUUCUCGACCCCCGGGACCUGAGCCGCCCUGUGAGCUUGGUCCAGUGCCCAGUUCCCACGCCUAGUCCUGACCCGGAGCUGCUGCGAGUGACUUGGGCCCCGGGGCUCCACAACUGCCUGGCCAUUUCAGGCUUCGACGGGACAGUUCAGGUCCAUGACGUCACCUCCUGGGCUGCAGCAGGGAACCAAGUGGCGCCGCGCUUCACGCACAGAGGCCACCUCUUCCUAGACGGAAACGGGGCGGAGUCUGCCCCCCUGGUCACCACCCACACCUGGCACCCCUGCAAGCCGAGGACCUUGCUGUCAGCAGCCAGCGACGCCUCUCUGCACGUGUGGGACUGGGUGGCGCCGGAGGCCUCCUGCUGACGCCGGCUUCUCGGCGGGGAGGAGGAGCUGCUGCAGGGCUGCUGGUGCAGACGCUGGUGGCCGCAGGUCCCCCUACCAGCUGGGUGGCCUCGGCAGGCCCGCCAGCCUCCGUGAGCCCUGAGGACAGUGAUAGCGGGAAGAGCUCACGAGUGCAAUGUGUCAUGUGAAGAAAGCGACGCAGGGCCCAGAGGCAGCAAAGAAACAUGCGCUGGGGGUGUUCUGGGAACGGCAGUGGAAACAAGGUCACGCCGAUCUCGCCUGGUGAACAGCCAGAUGCUACAACAGGACCACUUUGAGCUGUGCUCCACGGGGCCGCAGGUCCGGAGGCGGCCUGGUUCCUGCCCGGCUGGGUAAGGCCCGUUGUUCAGCUGAACCAUGGUUUGCCUGUGUGUGUCCAGUCCCCUGUUGGAUGACAAUGAAAGUUUUCUCGGCUUUUGCUGUUAUAAAUAGUGUGAUGAAUAGCUUUCGUCCCCGUGAGCAGGACGCCUGCCUGGCGAUUCCAAGAAUAGAAUAGACUCGUGCAUUUGCAGGUUGUGUAAGUACUGCCAAGGAGCCGCUUUCGGCCCCUGCCAACAGAGGUGGGGCCGCUGUCGUCUGCCUCCUCAAACAAAGUCUGUUUACUGACGCUUUGACCUUGGCCGGUCUGAUCCGUGAAGUCAGCGUUUACAGCUUCAGGUUGAAGCUUUUAUCUGCGAGGUUGAGACCCUUCACAUUCUAACGCUUGGGGACAAUCACUUCUAAACUCAUUUCUGAAAUUUCCCACAAUAUGGGGAACUCGGCCUUGUGACCCAGCACCACCUGCGGCCCUGGAGUUCUGUCACCCUCUCUUGGUAGUCCCCACACUCACACUGCCUCGCGGCCUUCCCCAGGGCGGGUCUGCUCCACACCUGUCCCCACAGGAGCGUGGGCCCCGCGACAGUCCCUUGUCAGGGCCUGUAGCAAGCAGGAGAGUCUUAAGCGUGUCCCCAUUAAAUAGAAUUUCUCACUAGCAUUUACUGAAGGAUUUUAGCAGUUUUGCUUUAAGAUUAUUUGAUUACUUGUCACAUUUUGCACUUUGAUUUGUUUAAAAAUAUCUCCACUGAGAUAUAAUUCAUAUCCCAUUUUUAAAAAAGAGUUCCUGGCUUUGGCCUGGCCCAGCCCUGGCCGUGGACGCCCUCCCCCUCUGUGUCAUUCUGCCUUUCAAAUAAUAUUUUUUUUAAAGAUUUAUUUAUUUAUUUGAAAGGCAGAGUGACAGAGAAGAAGAGAAAGAGAGAGAGGUUUUCCAUCUGUUGAUUCACUUCCCAAAUGGCCGCAACAGGCCAAUCCAAAGCCAGGAGCCAGGAGCUUCUGGGUCUCUCACGUGGGUGCAGGGGCCCAAGGACUUGGGCCAUCCUCUACUGCUUUCCCAGGCCAUAGUAGAGAGCUGGAUCAGAAGUGGAAUAGCCAGUAAUCCUCUGCCUGCGGCACCGGCACACCAGCUUCUAGUCCCAGUCGGGGUGCUGGAUUCUGUCCCAGUUGCCCCUCUUCCAGGCCAGCUCUCUGCUGUGGCCCGGGAGUGCAGUGGAGGAUGGCCUAGGUGCUUGGGCCCUGCACCGCAUGGGAGACCAGGAGAAGCACCUGGCUCCUGGCUUCAGCCAGCCUGGUGCGCCAACCGUGGCGGCCAUUGCGGGGUGAACCAACGGAAAAAGGAAGACCUUUCUCUCUGUGUCUCUCUCCCACUAACUCUGCCUGUCAAAAAAUAAAAUAAAUAAAUAAGAAGUGGAGCAGCCGGGACUCGAACCAGUGCCCAUGUGAGGUGCUGGCACUGCAGGUAGUAGCUUUACCCACUCUGCCAGCACCCACGUAAAUGUUUGUAAAAAUGG